UGUUUGAAAGUUGUUUGUUGUUGAUGAUAAGAGCCAGAACGCCUUCUUUUAACGACUCUGGCUCUUAGAAAAUAACAGCUCGUGCUUUAGCUGUUCCCUUUAUCUUUUAAAUUUGGUUACAAAAUACCAAACAGGAAAAAAAACAAAGUGCCAACUCUCACACACACUUUAACAUGUAAACACAAGAGGAGGGGCUGAAGAAUGUGAUCAAUAACGAGGCUUUAGAUCUAUAAAAGACCCUCAAAACUGAGCGUCCUGCAUUCAGGUAGUAACUGAUCACAUACAGGUCGUGGGUACAAUGAAGGCCAUGCAGGUGAUUUUCUUGACUCUGCUGUGUGUUCUCGCAGCCAGCGCCCAGGUGUUGAGGUUCGGCAAAUGCCCCAAACCUGCAGUCCAGGCCAACUUUGAUCCAUCCAGGUACACUGGUAAGUGGUAUGAGAUCCAGAAGCUGCCCACGGCCUUCCAGAAAGGCGAGUGCGGCACUGCCACCUACAGUCUGAAGAGUCCAGGAGUCCUAGGGGUCCUCAACAGUGAGCUGCUUGAUGAUGGAAGCAUUAAUUCCAUCGUUGGAGCUGCCAAGGUCAAGAACCCCGCUGAGCCCGCCAAGCUGGAGGUCUCCUUCAGCGGAACUCCCCCCGGCCCCUACUGGGUGCUGUCCUCCGACUACGAGGGUCACUCUCUGGUCUACGGCUGCACCGACUUCGGCCUGUUCCGCAUGGAGCUGUCCUGGAUCCUGAGCAGGGAGCCCACCCUGUCCGAGGAGACCCUCGAGCACCUGGAGGGCAUCCUGUCCUCCGUAGGAGUCAAUGUGGACAAGAUGGUCCCCACCAACCAGAAUGAGACUUACUGCACCCCCAUGAACCAGUAAACAGAGACGCUCCUGUUUCAGCCGCUACAGGACUGUGAGACAUGACUCACCAUGUCGAAACAUUACAGAGUCAGUGCAAUAAACCUGUGGAAAAAAAUAUGUGUUUUUAUCUUUAGACCUGUUGGGCUACAUGAUGCAAUUACAAACUCAUAAUUUAGACAUUCGUUGUACAGCACGCACAUCUUGUUUAUUUAGUUUGGUUUAUUCAAUUUAUUCUGUAUCAGAAACCAUGUUUCAAAUCUACAUCUUAAAAAGAGAAAAUAUGCUUUUUUUCUCCUUUGAAUCAACAAAAGGUCAUACAAAUCAGGUCCAACCAUCCAUUAACAACCAAACAUCCAAGAAUAAAAAGAAAAAAAGGAAAGGAAAA